UAAGAAUGCGUGCUUAAAGCGCAUCGCAGUGCUAGUCGACGUCUUGUGAAGUCUCAAAAUGAAAUACCUCGUCCUUUUCACUUUCGCCUUGGCGGCAGCGGAUGUGUCGCACAUAGUGCCCAAGUCAAGCGAUCGUGAUGCCAAGAUCCUCAAACAAGAGCUGGACGUGGGCCUCGAAGGACAGUACCAGUGGGCUAUAGAGACAGACAACGGCAUCUCGCAGCAUGAGCAUGGCGCGCUUAACAAUCCUCAAGCAGAGAACCCAGCCCAGGUUGCGCAAGGAGAGGCGCAGUGGACCUCCCCCGAGGGAGAGGUAAUCAAACUACAGUACGUAGCUGACGAGAACGGUUACCAACCCCAGGGCUCACAUCUCCCCACUCCACCCCCUAUUCCAGAGGCGAUCCUCCGAGCUCUGGAGUACAUCCGAGCACACCCACCUAAAGAGGACCCCGCAUCUAAGUGAAUUAAACUCACUUAUUAGAUUAUGUAUAGAUCGUACUUAGAUAAAUACAACAUUAGGUUAAAAACUGAACUUAUUUUGGUUUAUAGACUUAAUUUGAUUAUUUUCUGGAAAUUGAGCUCUACAAAUAAUAGAAAUACGAAGGUCAUCCAUUUGUUUCUUUCAACCGUGUUAUAGUUAUCCAAAUGCAAACUAAGAUUUUUAGUGUGAGAUGCACCACAGCCCCCCUAGCAAGAGUACUGUGAUAUGGUAUAUAACGCGUUUUUAACAUGCUCAAUUGUUAAAUUACUAUGGCGUUUGACAGUCAAACGCGAUAAAAACGUGAUAUAAUGUAAACUGUGGAGCUCAUGCUACAGGGACUGAGCUGGUUAACGUCAAAUUAAAAAUUUACUAUGACUUCAACUGGCCUCAGUGGAUAGUUCACUGUCAUUGUCAAAUCAUGACCUUAUUAAACUGGACGGUUAAAUUAAGUUGGUGCAACUCACUCUUGGUAAAGUGCCAUCGAUAAUUUAUCAGUUUAUUCAACGUUUAUAGACGUAUGGUCUAUGGUGUAGUAAUAACCUGCCCCUUUAGCAUGACCAUCGAAACGGGAUAUGAUUACUGUCAAACUCUACUGUCGUCUGACAGUUAAUGACGAUAUAUCGCUUUAUCAUAUCCCGUUUCGGUGGUCAUGCUAGAGGGGCUGGAACACCUAAAAAACGACACGACAUCUUUGACGAAAUGGGUUGUCUGAAAGAGAUUGCUAUUAAGCAAUAAGGCCGCUCAUUGUGUAAUGUCUGUCAGUGUAAUUUUACUUUUAUGUCCUUUGUGGUGUUAUACAAUUAAGAAUAUUAUUAUUAUUAUCUUUAUAAAAUAUUGCGAUCAUAUCGAUUAAUCAUAGAUGUUGAAGUGUUGUACCUUAUUAGAUUAAAAAGCAUAGAUAUUAAAAAGAACCCGUAAUUCCAAGUUAUAUCCGCUAUUAACUUAGGGGUGGUCCAUUAAUCACGUGCAACUUUUAAGCCCCCCCCUCCCCCCUUCUAGAUUAAUCCUCCCCCAUACCCAAAAUCACGUGUAUUUUUUGUCAUACAAAGAAUAUUGAACAUUUCAGAAUUUUAUAUUUGAACUGGCGGCCGCCCGCGUCAUCGUACGCGUGGAGUUACUUAGAAAUAAAGGUUCACUGCUCGUUCCCCGUAGGUGAUAGCGUGAUAAUAUGUAGCCUAUAUAUUGACCCGACUUCUUAAUAAUAUUAAUGCCAAAUUUGAAGUAAAACCAUGCAGUACUUUUUGAGUUUAUCCCGUACUUACAUACAGACAAACAGACAAAAAAUCUAAAAACUAUAUUUUUGGCUUCGGUAUCGAUUGUAGAUCAUAACCCUCCUAAGUAUUCUUUUACAAAAAUAUUCAAUGCACAGUUUUGACUUUCCUACCAUUUUAUAUGUAUAGAUUGUUGUCCGGGAAGAAGACCGCGCGCCGCUGUUUGGUUUAGAAAUCGUGUGUUCAACGAAAAAUUUAUUCACGUGAUAUCUCAUUAUAUCCCGGAACUUUUCUCCAAACCCUUUCCCCUCGCUUUUCAAGUCUCACGUGAUUAUAGGACUAUCCCCUAUUAUCAUUUGUUUGAUUGUUGUAUAAAAUACUCAGAUUAGCUUUAAGGAACUUUUUUUAUUAUAAUACCUUAUCAAAAGUAAAAAAGUAUAAUUAAAGAAUAUGGUUGAACCUUAA